AUGCACAACACCGGCACACCCUCGACUAAGUCCCCAGCGCCUCUCACCAACCCCGCAAGCCUAACUUACCGCCGCCAGCCAGAAACAGUGCGUACGUCAGCGUCAGUACCACCGGGUUCCCACCACCACCCACCCACGUUCCUCACCACUAUCCCCAUGGCCUCCGCAUAUCCCUCCAGCGCAACCAGCACCUCCUCCACCAUAGCACCUCACCCCCAACAAGCCCUACGCUCCCGCAACCUCCCUCCAAUCCCCGAAUUCACGUUCCCGCCGUCCCCCGGUCCCGAGGACAGCGCGCCGCCGACGACGCCGCGGGUAAAGCAACAGAAGGGGGAGAAGGAGGAGAGAGACGAGAUGGCUAUCUCGGAUUUGAGUAGGAAGGCGCAGUGGAUUACGUUUGCGCUGUCGAGUGGUGCUUGUGCGGCUAUCAAUGGGGUGUUUGCUAAGCUGACUACUACGGAAUUGACGACGACGUUUGCGACGUUUCUUGCAGGGCUUAUUAAUUUGGAGAAGGGGGAGCAGGCGUUUGAGUAUGCUAUUCGUGCGAUAUUCUUCGCCCUAAACCUAAUAUUCAAUGGCAUCAUGUGGACCCUCUUCACCAAAGCCCUCUCCCGCUCCCCCUCCACCACCCAAGUCGCCAUCCUCAACACCUCCGCAAACUUCAUGAUCACCGCCAUCCUCGGCCUCGUCAUCUUCUCCGAAUCUCUCCCGCCCCUCUGGUUCGUCGGCGCCGCGCUGCUCGUCGCUGGGAACGUCAUCAUCGGCCGCCGCGAGGAGAAGGAGCUCACUGUCGCGGGCGAGGACGCGCACCGCACUUCUGAGGAGGGGAGCGGCACAUAUUUGGAUGCUGGUGAGGGACAGGCUUUGCUGGCUGAUGAUAUUGAGUUGGAGACGGAUGGCGAGGACACGAAGCCCGAUAAGCUGAGGGACGACGAGGAUAUCCUGGAUUUGGAGAUGCCUCCUGAUGAGUCGAGGAGGGUCGGCUAG